AUGGCGAAUCAGACGGUCCUCGAUACCAUAACACUUGAGACCAUCCCGAAGUCGUGGCAGAGCGACUGCAUUGCCCAGCUGAACUCGACCGCCUACGACUGGACGCAUGGCUUGGUCGGCGGUCAUGGACAGGCAUUGUCGGGACUGACGAAUGCGACUUGGGGUAUCACCAUCGAGACAUGUGAGAAGUAUUGCAACCAUAUCAAGAUCCCAUUCGUCUUCGACUUCCAGUCAUUCUCAUCGUCGAUGACGAACUACUUCCUGCCAUGGCUUGCUCUGACAGCCCAGCUCCCCUUCGAGACCGGAGACUUCCUCACCAAUGCCAUGGCAUUCUGCAUGGCUGUCGGUAGUCCAGCGCUGGUCACCUUCUCGCUCUCCAUUACCAUACUCAACCGCUACUGGGUUCGAAAAGAGUUCGACGAUCUGCAGACGAAAGCCCGCAGUCCCACUGUGCGCUCGCGGUACGAGAUCUUCUCUGAUCGUGUGCAGGCCUGCCGAUUGAUUCUCCAGGAGGCUCAACAGGUACCUCUGCGAGUCUGCCAGUCGAGAGGAUACUUCAGCAGCCUCAUCGUACUGCCUGAAAACGCCGCUUGGUGGGAGCGAGUCGAAAGGCGUCUCAAAAGCACACGGCGGAACGUCACCGCAUCGCUGGUGGCCCAGAUGGCAUUCGCUGGCAUAGCGUACCUGUUCACUGUGAUCGCUUCCUUCCAGGCCGAUCUUGGUGAUCCUGCAACAGCACUUCAGAUUGCAUCGGGUAGUAUUUGGAUAUGGUUGCAGAUUCCAAUAAUUGCUGGCUGGAUCACUGUUGGGACGCAAUACAGCCACCACUCUAUCGAGGACGCCUUGAGGGCGGAGCCCGCCUUCCGUGCUCUCCAGCCACCUGUGCAGCACGGCGCCGAGCUGUCGGAUCCCGACGAGCAAGCAGGCUUAGUGGUGCAACCAGGACUCAACCCUCUGCCGCACAAUCACCAGACAGCGCAUGGCGGAUUUGACGUCGCAGACAUCAGGCGGCUGGAGCUGCCUACUUGGCUUGGCGCCGAGGUUGGCGGCGACGAACGCCUCAAAGGCCCCAUCUUCAAUUAUGCAAGAUUAUUCACCUGGUGGCAAUUGGCGUCCUCGAUCGAUCAUGCCCUCUUCGAGACCAUGGAGAACGUCACCCGGGGCGUGAUAUGCGCUCGGACUCCUCCGCCGACCUUGCCAGGCAAAUGGACAGCAGAAUCACACCUCAGAGGAGACAGUGGAGAAGUCGCCACCUACUGUAAUUUGAACAUCAACAGCUCUAUCCUGGCCUACCCCGAGUGGUCCACGAUCCCCUCAAAAGUCUACAAGCGCAUCUUCGAAGCGAUGUUCGUCGCGCUGUUCCUGCAGUGGGGCACGACUGGCGCUUCGAUUAUGAUCGCAUACCUAACGCCCACCACUGGUUUGGGCUGCAGAUCCGGCUCGUAUCUGCUCUAUGGCGUCCUCGGCACCUCCAGCUGGCUUCUCCUCUUGGUGUCGAUGCUGCUCUCGCAUGAGGUCAUGCUUCGGUACCAGAUAGAGCACCACAACAACCCCACGACAGACUUCCGCCGCCACCCGGAUCCAGGAGCCAGGACGUACGUUCGGACAUGGAGCCAUAGCACGCUUUGUGGGUUGGCCGUCGUCCUGCGAGUCUUUGGCAAGUUCCUGGCUAUUGCCAACACGCUCUUCCUCCUUGCGACUUCGUUGAUGGAAUUUGUCGGAGGCUUUAACAAUUGCUGGUGCAUGGGCAAUUGGAUUGGCAUGGGCAACGAAGGAUGGAUCGUGCUCUUCAAAGGCGCCGAUGCUCUGAGCGCUGCGGCUUCGUUACCUUGGGGAGGCGGACUUGCAUUGGCGCUUCUUGUGUGCUUCCUCUCUUACACGUUCUUCUUCUUUGGCUCUUUGAAGACGGAUGAUGAUCAAUUCAGCAAGAAGAUCUUGACGAUCCUAGUCAGAUGGUGUCUCGGAAUGGGAAUUUAG